GUCUGUCGAAACAAAGGAAUCCCACCAAACCACCAAAUACUGACUUAACGAGCAUUCUAGCUGAAGCUAACUUGAACAAUCAAAUAUGGCUCAACGAUUAAAAGACGCAUUUGCUAGUGCGGCCAAACGCGUCAGCCAAGCAUCUGGAGGUGGUUCGGGUGGCGGAGGAGGUGGCCGUGCCGCUGCCGCCGCCGCCCAAAGUGUAACGGCGCUUGCUGUUGCUGGUGGAUUGGCUUACGGUACCUACAACUCUGUUUACACCGUUCCCGGAGGUCACCGCGCCGUGAUAUUCAACCGCGUCUUGGGUAUGAAGGACUCCAUUUACGGCGAGGGUUUGAACUUUAACAUUCCCUGGUUUGAGCGCCCCGUAAUCUAUGAUAUUCGAACACGCCCCGUCAAUUUGCAGACCUUGACCGGAUCGAAGGAUUUGCAGAUGGUUACUAUUGCUGUUCGUGUUUUGCACAAACCCAAUCCAAGCAAACUCGUUUGGAUCUACCGAAUGCUGGGAACCAACUACGACGAACGAAUCCUGCCCAGUAUCAUGAACGAAUCGGCGAAGGCAAUCGUGGCGAGAUAUAAUGCCAAUGAAUUGUUGACCAAGCGUGAAAUAGUAUCGAGGGAAGUUUCCAUGGACUUGCAGAGACGUGCCGCCAAAUUCAAUGUUAUAUUGGACGAUGUGGCGAUUACGCACUUGAGUUUCUCCCCCGAAUAUGCUCGUGCUGUUGAGGCCAAGCAGGUUGGUAAGUUGAUUUGCGCGAAUCACAUUAUUGAAUGGAAUACAAUUCUGGACGAUAUUGGACGAGAAAAAGACAUUAGAGUUUCUGCAAUUUGCAUUUGCGGAGAAAAGAAAUGUUUGCUUUGCAACGACCAGAAACUUAUCUUUCUCACGUGUUAAUAUUGCGUUCUUACUUUUUUACGCUUAUUCUGUUCCGCACACAGCCCAACAAGAUGCUGAAAAGGCAAAGUACGUCGUCUUGGGAGCUCAGCAGGAAAAGAAGACUAUCAUCACCCGAGCAAGGGGAGAAGCCGAAUCCGCCGAGCUCAUUGGUUUGGCUGUCAAGAAGAAUCCUGGAUUCAUGAAACUGCGACGAAUCGAUGCGGCCCGUGACAUUGCCGACAUCGUAGCAAAGUCGGGCAAUAAGGUGUACUUGAAUGCCGAUUCUCUGUUGCUCAACUUGUUGGGAGAUGCCGAUGACAAGUUUGAGAAGAGUGUUGCUAGUAAAUGGCGUUGAGCAGUAGUAUAAUCAUGAUAUUUAUGUACGGAUACCAUAAGUCAAGCUUUUGUACUGGCUGUAGCAGUUUCAACUUCAACAAACUUCGUACAAUUGAACUUCAGGUAUGACGAAAUUUUACUUCACGAUGAUUUGAUACUUGACAAGACAUGCUUAGAACGUAGAUGGCAAAACAGAUUCGCAUUAUUCAUAGUAAACUUUCUCUCUCCAC